AUGGACGUCAACGCUGUCCUCACCGGGACCCUCUCGCCUGACGCCGCAACUCGGUCGGCAGCCGAGCAGCAGUUAUCACAAGCCUCGGAGGCAGACUUCCCUGGCUACCUCAUUACACUCUCCCGCGAGCUCGCCAACGAAGAAGCACAGUCGCAAGUCCGUAUAGCCGCCGGUCUCGCUCUCAAGAACUCCUUCUCCGCCCGCGACUUCGCACGCCUACGAGAAGUGCAAGAAAGAUGGCUACAGCAGAUAGAUCCCCAGAUCAAGGAUCAGGUCAAGGCUUUUGCCCUUCAGACGUUGGGCAGCUCAGACAGCAGAGCCGGACAGUCUUCAGCACAGUUCAUCGCAUCCAUAGCCGCCAUCGACUUGCCUCGCGAGCUAUGGCCCGAUCUUAUGCCCGCUCUUGUAGAGAAUGUUGGCAGCGGAUCCGACCAGAAGAAGCAGUCGUCCCUAACCUGCAUUGGCUUUAUUUGCGAGACGGAAGAUCAAGAUCUCAGAGAGAGCCUGGCACAGCAUAGUAAUGCCAUUCUGACAGCUGUGGUUCAAGGCGCGCGGAAAGAAGAACCCAACAACGACAUCCGUAAUGCAGCCAUCACGGCACUAGGCGACUCCCUCGAAUUUGUCAGGACGAACUUCGAGAACGAGGGCGAGCGGAACUACAUCAUGCAAGUCAUCUGCGAAGCAACCCAGGCGGACGACAGCCGAAUCCAGCAGGGUGCGUACGGCUGCUUGAACAGGAUCAUGGGUCUCUACUACGACAAGAUGAGGUUCUACAUGGAGAAGGCCUUGUUCGGCCUGACCAUUCAGGGCAUGAAGAGCGAAGAGGAGGAUGUGGCGAAGCUUGCUGUGGAGUUCUGGUGCACUGUGUGCGAAGAAGAAAUCAGCAUCGAGGACGACAACGCGCAAGCGCAGGCGGAGGCGACAGAACUUAGGCCGUACUUCAACUUUGCCCGCGUCGCCACUCAGGAAGUCGUGCCUGUCCUACUGGAGCUGCUUGCCAAGCAGGACGAGGAUGCUGCAGACGAUGAAUACAACGUCUCCCGCGCAGCGUACCAGUGCGCUCAGCUGUGGUCGCAAGCGGUGGGCAGUAAUGUUGUACCCUCGAUCCUUGCGUUCGUAGAGGCCAACCUGCGCAACCAAGAUUGGCACUACCGCGACGCUGCUGUGUCUGCCUUUGGCGCCAUGAUGGAAGGCCCAGACGAGAAGGUGCUCGAUCCCCUGGUCAAGCAAGCGUUGCCUGUCCUCAUCGGUAUGAUGGACGAUCAAUCCGUGCAGGUCAAGGACUCGGCAGCCUAUGCUCUCGGCCGCAUCUGCGAAGCCGUCUCUGAGGCUAUUGACCCCAACGAGCAUCUGCAGCCACUGAUCACCGCACUUUUCGGCGGCCUCACUUCUCACCCCAAGAUGGCCAGCUCGUGCUGCUGGGCUCUGAUGAACUUGGCCGACCGCUUUGCUGGAGAGCCGGGAUGUCAGACUAAUGCUCUGUCUCAGCACUUCCAGGCCAGCGUACAGCAUCUGCUCCAGCUAACUGAACAGACGCAAGACAGCCAAUUACGCACUGCAGCAUACGAGGUGCUCAAUGCCUUCGUCACCAACGCGGCGAACGACUCCGUGCACAUGGUUGCGAGUCUGAGUGAGGUGGUUGUCGAUCGCUUGGAAAAGACCAUCCCUAUGCAGUCCCAGGUCGUCUCUGUCGAAGACCGCCUUACACUCGAGGAGAUCCAGACGUCUCUCACCUCAGUCAUCAUGGCCAUCAUCCAGCGUCUCGAGAAGGAGAUCAUGCCUCAAGCGGACCGCAUCAUGCAGCUUCUGCUCAACCUUCUCACCAAUCUCGGUGCCAAGAGCUCUGUGCCAGACACUAUCUUCGCUGCGAUCGGUGCCCUCGCCAAUGCCCUCGAGACCGACUUCGAGAAGUAUAUGCAGUCGUUCUCACCUUACCUCCUCAACGCCCUCAACAACCAGGAGGAGCCACAGCUGUGCGCCAUGGCGAUCGGCUUGGUAUCUGACAUCACCCGUGCCUUGGAGAACAAGGUCCAGCCAUUCUGCGAUUCCUUCAUGAACGCUCUGCUGAACAAUUUACGAAGCACGACGCUUGGCAACCAGUUCAAGCCCGCCAUUCUGCAGUGCUUCGGAGAUGUUGCACAAGCCAUUGGCGGAGAAUUCGAGACUUAUCUCUCGGUCGUCGCCCAGGUCUUGCAGCAAGCAGCUGGUAUUACCGUGCAGAGCGAGAACAGCAACAACUUCGAGAUGCUCGACUAUGUCGUCAGCCUGCGAGAGGGUAUCAUGGAUGCCUGGGGCGGUAUCGUUAUGGCCAUGAGGGCCGGCAACAAAGCCAACCUCCUGCAGCCUUACGUCGAAUCCAUCUUCCAGCUACUGCAGACCGUAUACCAAGACCCGAACCGCACCGAAUCCCUCCUCCGCUCUUCCAUGGGCGUGGUCGGUGACAUCUCCGAGGCCUUCCCAGGCGGCGAGUUCAACCAGUACUUCCGCAACGACUGGCUGACGAACAUGUGCCGCGAGACCCGGGCUAACAAGGACUUUGCGCCGCGGACCCAGGAGACGGCGAGAUGGGCGAGGGAGCAGAUCAAGCGGCAAGCAGGUAAGAGUCCUUCGGGCUGGACCGGUCGCUCGAGAUCGUGA